AUGGCUGCCUAUGCCAAUCGAAGUUGGAUAGGAUUACGAUUUCUACGUUCGCUGCCCAUGAUGAAUACUCCGGACAUUUUACAAUAUAUGGGUGUUGUAAAAAGUUCCCGUACGAUUCGAAUCACUCGAUUAGCAUCAAAAUUCAUUGCUGUUUGGUUUACAGCUGCCGGUCUAGUGCAUUUGGUUGAGAAUUCAGGCGAUUUCUUUUGUAAUUAUUGUAAUGCACAAGAGUUAGAUAUUUUUAAUGCAGUCUACUAUAUGAUUGUCACCAUGACAACAACACAAGGUUGGUCAUGGCGUGAUUUGUAUCAUCGAGGUGCUGGUAUGGAAAUGUAUCUCGAAGAGAUGUCGCCAUCAUUCUACGGAAAAACAUAUACCGAGAGUGCCCUCAUCUGUUUUAAACUUCGCGUUAUGCUUUUGGCUGUUGACAUGAGACAAACUGAUGAACAUGGUCAUAUGCGAUCGAUUGUCGACGUUGUACCGUGUGAUGAAUGUGUUAUUGUUCGUGGAUGCCGCGCAUUUGUCGUAGGCAUUUCCAGUGAAGAUGCUAGCCGGUUCGCUUGUUUUGCUUUUUUAAAAAAGCAACGAUCAAUUAUUGAUGUGGUUUUAUAG